AAAAAAAAAAGAAGAAAGAAGGGAAAGCACUCGAAAAGGGGCGAUGCCGGAGCUGGGGACGAGCCCGUGCUGACCCCUCGGUGCUGGCCCGGCACUGCCCAUCCCCGCCGGCCUCGGGACAGCACGGAGCGGCCCAGGAUGCCUGCGGAGGGACCCGGGACUCCUCUCUGGACAUAAGGGGUGGCCGAGGGAGAGACAUGUGGGGACAGCGCCCUGCCAGCCGGCACAGAUCUCCCUGCUCCGACACGAGCGGCGCUGACCAUGGCCACAGCUUGGAGGCUCCUCACCUGGGCUGUGACCCUCGGGCUGGCCGGGGGAACCUUCCCCGGCUACUCCUUCCAGUCACAAGAGGAAUUCCUCUCCAGCUUGGAUCACUAUGAGAUCGCCUUCCCCAUCCAAGUGGACCAGAACGGGGAUUUCCUCACCUUCGACAUGCGCCGGCAGCUGAAGCCGCGGCCCCGGCGCUCGCUGCCCUACGAGCCCUCAGAGCAGCAGGUCUUCUACAAAGUCUCUGCCCACCACACCCAGUUCCUGCUCAACCUGACCCUGCACUCCAACCUGCUGGCCGAGCACUUCACCGUGGAGUACUGGAAGAGGGAUGGCAUGGACUGGCAGCAUGACUUCCACGAGGACUGCCACUACGCCGGCCACCUGCAGGACCAGUACCUCAGCUCCAAGGUGGCCAUCAGCAACUGCAACGGGCUGCACGGGGUGAUCGUGGCGGAUGAGGAGGAAUAUUUCAUCGAGCCCCUGAGCCCUGGAGCCAACGUCAGCGCCGGGGGUGAGGGCAAGGGCAGCCCCCACGUCGUGUACAAGCGCUCGUCCCUGCAGUACCCCCACAUGGAUGCAGCCUGUGGAGUGCUGGACGAGAAGCCCUGGAAGGGGAGGCACUGGUGGCUGAGGACACUGAAACCCUCCCCUCUGAAGCCAUCGGGCAACCACAGCCAGCGGGGGCAGCUGCCCCUCAAGAGGUCGGUGAGCACCGAGCGCUACGUGGAGACCCUGGUGGUGGCUGACAAGAUGAUGGUGGGCUACCACGGCCGCAGGGACAUCGAGCAGUACAUCCUGGCCAUCAUGAAUAUUGUUGCCAAACUUUUCCAGGACUCGAGUCUGGGCAAUAUUGUCAAUAUCCUGGUGACCCGGCUGAUCCUGCUCACCGAGGAUCAGCCCACACUGGAGAUCAACCACCACGCUGGGAAAUCCCUGGACAGCUUCUGCAAGUGGCAGAAAUCCAUCGUGAACAGGAACGGCAACGGGAACGCCAUCCCUGAGAACGGCAUCGCCAACCACGACACGGCCGUGCUGAUCACCAGGUACGACAUCUGCAUCUACAAGAACAAGCCCUGUGGCACCCUGGGCCUGGCCCCCGUGGGGGGGAUGUGUGAGCGGGAGCGGAGCUGCAGCAUCAACGAGGACAUCGGGCUGGCCACCGCCUUCACCAUCGCCCACGAGAUCGGCCACACGUUUGGCAUGAACCACGACGGCGUCGGCAACAGCUGCGGCUCGCGGGGGCAGGAGACGGCCAAGCUGAUGGCUGCUCACAUCACCAUGAAGACCAACCCGUUCGUGUGGUCCACCUGCAGCAGGGAUUACAUCACCAGCUUCCUGGACUCAGGGAUGGGACUGUGCCUGAACAACGCUCCUCCCAAGCAGGAUUUCAUCUACCCCACGGUGGCCCCGGGCCAGGCGUACGAUGCCGACGAGCAGUGCCGCUUCCAGUACGGAGUCAAAUCCCGCCAGUGUAAAUACGGGGAGGUGUGCAGCGAGCUGUGGUGUCUGAGCAAGAGCAAUCGCUGCAUCACCAACAGCAUCCCCGCGGCCGAGGGCACCAUCUGCCAAACCAACACCAUCGACAAGGGGUGGUGCUACAAGAGGGAGUGUGUGCCCUUCGGGACGCGGCCGGAGGGCGUGGACGGAGCCUGGGGGUCCUGGUCCUCCUGGGGCGAGUGCAGCCGGACGUGCGGCGGCGGCGUGUCCUCGUCUGUGCGCCACUGUGACAGCCCCAGGCCCACGAUCGGAGGGAAGUACUGCCUGGGAGAGAGGAAGCGCUACCGCUCCUGCAACACCGACGACUGCCCGCCCGGCUCGCAGGAUUUCCGGGAGCUGCAGUGCGCCGAGUUCGACAACGUGCCCUUCCGAGGGAAGUACUACACCUGGAAAACAUACAGGGGAGGGGGUGUCAAGGCCUGUUCCCUCAACUGCCUGGCCGAGGGCUUCAACUUCUACACGGAGCGGGCGGCGGCCGUGGUGGACGGGACCCCGUGCAGGCAGGACUCCAAUGACAUCUGUGUCAACGGGGAGUGCAAGCACGUGGGCUGUGACCGGGUGCUGGGCUCCGACUCCAAGGAGGACAAGUGCCGGGUGUGUGGGGGAGAUGGCAGCUCCUGCGAGACCAUCGAGGGUGUCUUCAACCAGUCCCUGCCCGAGGGAGGUUAUGAGGAGGUGAUCCAGAUCCCCAAGGGCUCCGUGCACAUCGACAUCCGGGAGCUGAACCUCUCCAUCAACUACCUGGCGCUGCGAGGGGACAGUGGCGAAUAUUUCAUCAAUGGGAAGCUCUCCAUCGAUCCCCCCCGGCGCUUCGACAUCGCCGGCACCACCUUCCACUACAGGAGGUCUCCUGAGGAGCCCGAGUCACUGGAGGCUUUGGGACCCACCAACAUCACCCUCUUUGUCAUGGUGCUGGUGCGGACGGAGCUGCAGGGGAUCCGCUACAAGUUCAACGCUCCCGUGGGCAGGGAUGGCUCCAGCCAGUACUCCUGGCACUACACCCCAUGGACCAAGUGCUCUGUGCUGUGUGCAGGGGGCAGCCAGAUCCAGUCUGUGGUGUGCAGGAAGCUCUCUGAUGGCUCCACCGUGCCCAACCAUUUCUGCAGCGCUGACACCAAAGUGCCUGAGAGGCAGAGGAGCUGCAACACCGAGCCCUGUCCCCCAGCCUGGGCCAUUGGGAACUGGUCCGAGUGCAGCCGGAGCUGCAACGAGGGCGUCCGGACCCGCAGCGUCUUCUGCAAGAGGAAGAUCUCUGCCAGCGAGGAGAAAACCCUGGAUGAUGCCUCCUGCAGCCAGCCACGGCCAAAGAUGCUGGAGCCCUGCAACAACCAAACGUGUCCUCCAGAGUGGGUGGCCCUGGACUGGUCAGAGUGCACCCCGAGCUGCGGGCCCGGCUUCCGCCACCGCAUCGUCCUGUGCAAGAGCGGCGACCACAGCGUGACCCUGCCCACGGCCCAGUGCUACGAGGCUGCCAAGCCCCCCACCAGCAUGAGGUGCAACCUGCGGCGCUGCCCCCCGCCCCGCUGGGUCACCGGCGAGUGGGGAGAGUGCUCUGCCCAGUGUGGCCUGGGGCAGCAGAGGAGAUCCGUGCAGUGCCUGGCUCACACGGGGCAGCCGUCCAUGGAGUGUGUGGAGUCCCUGCAGCCCCCUGGGAUGCAGCAGUGCGAGACCAAGUGCGAGUCAGGGCCCACAGACAACCCUGAAGAGUGCAAGGAUGUGAACAAGGUGGCCUACUGCCCGCUCGUCCUCAAGUUCAAGUUCUGCAGCCGGACCUACUUCCGACAGAUGUGCUGUAAAACCUGCCAGGGGCACUAGGACACAGCGGGACACAGCGGGACCCCCCUGGCAAAACUGGAAGGCCAAAGCUCCGCCCGAGCCGUGCCCUCCCUGCCCGCCCCGGGAAUCUCCCCUGGCUCCCACACAGCUCUGGCCACGCUCCCAGCAGGAGCCAGCAUCACCAAACCCGUCCCCACAGCCCCCCUUGGCCCCCCAGCUUCACCAUGGCAGGUUCCCAGUUAAACCACUGCAGCCCCAGCUGGAUGAGCGCUGGGAGAGGGGGGAGCUGGGCAGGGCAGGGACUUUACUUGAAAUUCUGAUGUUGUUAUUUAUUAGUAGCGGAGCCAGGUCCCGCAGGCGCCACUGAGGGAAGCGGCACCGCUCGCCCCGCUCCUGCCUCAUCCUGCUGCGUGUCCCCAGGGCAUCCCCACGGCCUUGAGCACCCCCGGGGCUCUGCCCUUCCCUCGGGGUCCCAGGGGACACAGGGAGGAGGGCUCAGUGCCUCGGGUGGCCAGCGUGGCUUGUGGCUGCUGGGCGAUGGAUGAGGAGGAGCUGCUGUGGGGAGUGGGGCUGAGCUGGGGUUUUGUCCCCUUGGUUUGCACCCUGUCACCUCGGGACUGGCAGCAGGGGACAGGGAGCAGGUCACCCCCUGAGCAGAGGGUGACACCAGCUUAACUGGGAGAGGGGGCUCUCCAAACUCCUGUAGUGACCAACCUGGAUUGGGGUGUUCCCCUAUUUGUCCUUUAACGCCCUUGUCACUUUUAGGACCAGAUUUUAUCCCUUGAAGCACGAGCUGAGGUGGGGGCAGAGGCGUGCUCAGGGCAUCUGCAUGGGCAUGGAGGCUGUGCCAGGCUCAGGGAGCAAAUCAGAGGAGGAUGCAGGACACAAAGGGUUCUGGUACAGUGUCCCCAGGACAUGAAGGGUCCUGGCACAGUGUCCCCAGGGCACAAAGGGUCCUGGCACCGUGUCCCCAGGGCCUGGCCAUGCCCAGAGAUCUCCUCAGCCUCUGCAGUGCCCUCACUUCCAAAGGUGCUUGACUUCCAAAGGUGCUUUGCCUCCGAAAGGUGCUUUGCCUCCCAAGGCAGCCUGGCCAUGUGUGGCUGUGGCCUCGAGGUGCCAGUCCCAGUGCCACCCACUCCUCUGCCCACAGGAGGCCUCCAGUGAUGGGAAAAGAGCCGGCUUGAAAUUCCUCCAGGUCACCUCGUGGCCAAACCUGGGCCAAAUUCUCCCUGGGCAGCCUGUGGAGGAGACCUGACUUCAACUCUCCAGAGCAUGUCCUUUCUGUUAGCAUUGUAAUUGUUAUUAUUACAAUUAUUCUCAGGCCUUUCCACGUCACAGAGAAGGGAAACCUUUGUCCAAAGCUGUGUUUUGUUCCCUUGAGGCCAUCCCUGUGGUGCAGGGAGGGGACAGACCCUUCCCCCAGAGCAAAGCCCCCGUGUGUUCCUGUCCCAGCUGCAUUUCUGUGUCCACCUGCUCCUCAGCCGAUCGCAGCUUCUCUGGUGCUCAGCAAACCUCAUUUCCCUUCCUUCCUGGUGCCAUGCUCCAUUCUGAUGUUUUUGGGUGAGGGGAGGGGGUGUUUUCACCGUUUUUAUAUCGAUAUAUAUCUACUGACCAAUGUUUAACAUACUAACUCUGAGGAGGAGCGACGUAACGGCAUGAAUUAUAAUAAAGGAGUAGCUACGA